GCCGCAGCACAGCCAAUAGGAGGAGUACCUCAGGUCUCUCCAGGUGCAGGUGGCCGACGACUGCGCAGUUGGCUCGUCACCCAGUCGAUACACUUUUACUAUAACGCUAGAGAAGAUAGAAGAAGUUUAUGGGCUGAAAUAUAGACUUUCACCUCACCUAAAGAGGACUGUGCUGCUGACGACAUGGCUGCCUUUGUUGUCGCCUUUAUUUUAGUGAGCUCGUCUUUCUGGAGCAACUCUGUCCACGCUGUCGCCCAAGCAUGUGUCGACGAGGGACGCUUUGUGGAGCACAUAGUCUCCGAAGGGCAGCAGGAUCCGCCAUACCGGCUGAACUGCUCUUUGGAGUCAGCUCAACAUGCCCAGGAUGACCCCCGGGCCCACAUGAACUGGCUAAAGAACUGUCAGCAUCUGGACACCCAACAGGGAACUGCCUACCUCGACUUUGUAAGCAUCACUUUGGGAGACGCAGGAAAUUACACCUGUCUGCAACCUGGCAACAGCACAGCCUCAUACACAGUACACCUCAUAGUUAAAGCAUCCAUGUGCUCCCAAGCUCCAGAAUUCAAAUCUAAUGAGGUUGAGAACAAAGACUUGGUUGGGUCCACUGUGGAUCUAAAUUGCACUGCCUUGCUCUCCUGGGACCCGACGGACAAACAAUGUGACGCCACACUGCAGUGGACAAAGGAUGGCCAAACUCUCAGCAACAGCUCCCUGCUUGUGCAAAACACCUCCUCGUGGUUUCUUGCUACUGGUCAGCUGAUGGUGAGCAGCGUGCUGGUGGUCCGUCUUCAGAACUUGGAAGAUUUUGGAUCGUACAGCUGUACAGUGCGGAACUCUUCCUCUAACUUCAACCUACAGAAUUCAAGCAACCCCAAUCACACUGCUGCUGUCACUGCGGCCUUCAUUCUCCUCGCUCUGCUGGCUGUGGCUGCUCUUUUGUACACCAAGUGUCACCUGAACAUCAAACUGUGGUACCGCAACUCUUAUGGAGACUACGAGAUGAACGAUGGGAAGUUAUAUGACGCCUACAUCUCCUAUGUGAACAAUGACUACGACAGGAAGUUCAUCAACUUCAUUCUCAAACCUCACCUGGAGAAUAAAUAUGCAUAUAAAGUGCACCUCAACGAUAAUGACAUCCUGCCUGGCUCAGAACCUUCUGCUGAACUAUUAAUGAACAUAAGUCGCUCUCGUCGUCUCGUUGUGUUGCUGUCUCACGCGUACCUUGAACAGGACUGGUGCACAAGCCACUUCAGACAGGGCCUCCAACACUUAUUGGAGCUGUGUAAGCAGCCCAUCAUCAUCAUCAUGCUGGACGGUCAGCUGAAGCACAUGAGGCCUCAGAUCAAGCAGCAGCUCAGUGAGCACCAACACAGUCUCACCUUCGUCACAUGGAAGCACAACUCUGUGACUCCCUCCUCCGUCUUCUGGAAGGAAUUGGCUUUAGCGAUGCCUCGCAGGAUGAUUUUCCACAGUGAGUCUGCAGGAGACCCCCAGACGGCCCUGCAGGAUGACAAAGACCCCAUGCUGACCCUUGAUCCUGACUAUCUGGACUGUCGCUCUGACACGGACCCCAAUGGAGACUUGGGUAUACGUCUCCCAGUGUACAAAGCUAUGACCUCUAAGGCUCCCAUGCUGCCAGUUACUUCCAUCAACACGCGGGAACCAAAGCCCUCCGACAUCGACGUGUCAGACCUGGGAUCACGCAACUAUGGAGCUCGCUCAGACUUUUACUGCCUGGUCACUAAGGAGGACAUCUAAGCUUCUUAUGAAGAACACCAUUAGAUUUAAUGUUAUAUUUAUGUGUUGGUUAAAUCAAAAUGUCCCUCCUUUUGUUUUGUUUUUUUUACGAUUGUUGAUUCAAUAUUUCAAGUCAAACAUUUGAGUAUUUCUGACUCUGUUAAUAUAAAUUUUUCAGAUGUUUUGUUGUCAAUCAUUACAUUCCAGCUCUUGCUUGUGUGGAUAUAAUGCCCAGCAGAGGGCAGACAAGUGACACAUCCGAUGAAAAUAUUGACAGCUGUUACAAAGUUCAAAAGUCAAAUUUCAGGUCUCAAACAUGAUUGUAGGGGCCAAGGUGACAGUUGCUGACAUUUCUUUAUGACAUAAAUAUCAUAUAGAGCCAUGUGGGGGCCACACAAAUAAGACAGUUACCUGAAAUAGGCGGUUAUUUGCCUACUGAUCUCUGCCAUCAUAGAGUCAUUAUGAAGUGGGAGGCUACAGAAAGGGUGCAGCAAGGGAAGGGCUGGAAUUGUUCCUGUCUGAGCAGGAGCAAGUAUGUAAACAGGGAGUGGUCGACAUUUCAGCAC